GCAAAGCAGUUGCCCAGGGCAAAAGAAAAUCAGGUAGGAAAUUGUUCUAACAGAAAGAGGGAGUCAUUUUCUGUUAUGCCUAGGGCAGCAGGAAUUCUCCUGAAAGCAGGAGAGAUGUUACGCUCUAUCGCAUCGCUGCAUAUCAGGGAAAC